AUGGCUAGAUCUAAGACUUUUUUCGAUAUUUCAAUCGGAGGCAAACCACAAGGCCGUAUCGUGUUUGAACUAUACAAUGACAUUGUGCCUAAAACAGCUGAAAACUUCUUGAAACUGUGUGAAGGAAAUGCUGGUAUGGCAAAAACUAAACCCGAUGUACCUUUAUCAUACAAGGGCUCCAUCUUUCACAGAGUUAUCAAAGAAUUUAUGUGCCAGUUUGGUGAUUUCACUAAUUUUGAUGGAACAGGCGGUGAGAGUAUAUAUGGUGAAAAAUUCGAGGACGAGAACUUUACUGUUAAACACGACAAGCCUUUUCUCCUAUCCAUGGCUAACGCAGGUCCAAACACCAACGGAUCCCAAGCCUUUAUAACCUGUGCUCCUACUCCUCAUUUGGAUGGGAAGCAUGUUGUGUUUGGUGAAGUCAUUCAAGGUAGGAGAAUUGUUCGUUUGAUUGAAGAUCAACAAUGUGACCAAGAAAACAACAAGCCAAUGCGUGAUGUAAAGAUCGAAGACUGUGGUGUGUUGCCUGAUGAUUAUCAAGCGCCAGAAAACGCAGAAGCCACGCCAACAGACGAGUACGGUGACAAUUACGAAGAUAUUCUGAAGCAAGAUGAAAAAGUGGACUUGAAAAAAUUCGAUACUGUUUUCAAGGCAAUCGAAACGGUAAAGAACAUUGGUACCGAACAGUUCAAAAAACAAAACUACUCGGUGGCUUUAGAGAAAUAUGCUAAGUGUGAUAAAUUCUUGAAGGAGUAUGUCCCAGAAGACUUGCCAAAGGAGCAAAUCGAGAAAAUCAACCAAUUAAAAGUGUCUAUUCCUUUAAAUAUCGCCAUCUGUGCUCUGAAAUUGAAAGAUUACAAACAAGUCCUAGUAGCUUCAUCAGAGGUGUUGUACGCUGAAGCGGCUGACGAAAAGGCCAAGGCCAAGGCUUUGUACCGUCGCGGGCUGGCUUAUCAUCAUGUCAACGACACUGAUAUGGCCCUCAACGACCUGGAAAUGGCCACGACUUUCCAACCUAAUGAUGCCGCCAUUUUGAAAGCCAUCCACGACACGAAAUUGAAAAGGAAACAACAAAACGAAAAAGCCAAAAAAUCUCUUUCAAAAAUGUUUUCCUGA